AUAUUCUUAAUCUAUAGAUUUAGAUUCUUGGUUUUCUUUUUUGGGUUUUUUCUCUGAAAAGCCUUCCUUUUCUUGAUGCUCUUCAAUGCUUGAUUCUUGACGUACCUUGAUUUUACAUUUUAGGAACAUUUUGCUCCUUUCACAUUCUUUUCAUUAAAACCAACUCUCUGUUUAUUUUCUUUACUUAUUAAACAAAGUUGUCAUAUUUCAAGAUUUCUCAGAAAUUGGCAAGAUGUUUGAUGGGUUGUUGAAAAGCAAGUUUCAGACCAAAUGCAAGUCUUUAGUUAAGAUGACAAAGACAAGACUUGAGAUGAUAAAGAAGAAGAGAAGUGCAAUGCAGAAGUAUUUGAAGAAUGAUAUUGCUGAUCUUCUUCAAAAUGGUCUUGAUUCUAAUGCCUAUUCCAGGGCUGAAGGGUUUUUGAAGGAGAUGAAGCUGUCAUCCUGUUAUGAGUAUGUUGAGUUGGCCUGUUCCUGCAUCUCUACUCAUCUUGCUGCCAUGAGUAAGAAUAGGGAAUGCCCUGAGGAUUGCAGAGAGGCUGUAGCAUCUUUGAUGUUUGCAGCUGCGAGAUUUGCUGAUUUGCCAGAGCUACGUGAACUCAGAAGCUUAUUUACGCAUAGAUAUGGGAAGUCAGUUGAUGGUUAUGCUAAUAAAGAGUUUGUUGCAAAGCUGAAGUUGUUGCCUCAUUCAAAGGAUAAGAAGUUACAGUUGUUGCAAGAUAUCGCACAUGAAUCUGGCAUUGAGUGGAAUUCGAAGGCUCUAGAGCAGAAGCUGUAUAAGCCACCUGCAGUUGAGGAGAAUGUGUCUAAGAACACCAGUGCUGUAGACAGAAACAAGCAAAACGAUCAAAGGGUAACUUCAGGAGCAAAAGAGCAGGACAUUUGUUCUGAUAAAAAAGAAGUGAAUGUGUCAAAGAACACCAGUGCUGUAGACAGAAACAAGCAAAACGAUCAAAGGGUAACUUCAGGAGUAAAAGAGCAGGACAUUUGUUCUGACAAAAAAGAAGAAGUGACAUAUGAUGAUAAAAAAGUUACAAAAAGCAGGAGAACUCCCAGGAACGGUUUUCAGGCAAAGAAGAUGGAUCAAGAUGUCAGGCCGAGUGAUCCUGUAAGGAGUUCUUCCAAGGAAAAAUUAGAUGGUGGCAAGACUGCCUCCAGUUAUAGUUCGAUCCCCCCUCCUUAUACUAGACAACCUGUUAGCAAAACUGAUCCCAUCUUGGACGUUCCUUCUGGUGGUUCUGAUGUCAGAGGGGAAGAAUCAAGGAAGCUGGAUGCUCAACCGGAUAAAGAAUCAAAGCCAAAGCCAAAGUCAGUAAGGAGAAAACCUGCAAAACUCCCAAAUCCUCCACCAGGCCAAGACUACAUCGGUAGUUUGAAAGGCGAUGAAACAGCGACGAAUUCCGAUGGAACAACAGAAGAAGAUGCAAACCAAAUUGGUCAUGACCUGUCAGAUGAAGAGGAAAGAAAGAUGGAUAAGCUUCUGAUGCUUUACAGUAACAAAAACGUCGCUCCUGAAGCAAGCAAAGAACCAAAAUCCAGACACAGAGAAUUCAGUCUUGAAAGCCGAGCUGCCUCACUCCCCCUUGAGACAACAAGUCCAGUAGAGACCAAAAGGGGACACGCUCGUGCUACUUCUUAUGAGACAGACAUGAAUGCUAACUGCCACAUUCAUCCUAAGCUACCGGACUAUGAUGAUUUCGUAGCACGACUUGCUGCUUUCAGAGGGGAGGGAAAAUGAAGUAUUUAUUACAUUCUUAUUACUUACAAACAAAAACUUAUUCUUUAAUGUCAUAAUAGUCAUGCCAUAGUAAACUGCUAGUUUCUGUAGUUCUUAAGUUUUAACAAACUAUAGCCUUAUUGUUAAACAGAUGAUGUGAUUGGAAAAUAUAUACUCUCAUUGUGUAGCAUAUAGCUGUGACAGAUUAAUCAAGGUGUUGUUUUAUCCAAAUACUGUGCUGCAAGUUAUUGAUUCUUUGAUUUCUUCUGUUUCAUGCCA